CAACCGAACCCCCUCGGAAGAGCGGGUAACCCGUGCAUCGUAACGAGUAAGAGAAACAGGAACCGGUAAACCACUAAAAACGGGCCGUGCAGCCGAAGGAGACACGCGCAACUCAACACCGAGAUACGAGCAACGGUGAUAAUAGACUUGAGUAAUCGUGGCCCGUCGCCGUUGGAGUUGUGUAAAAUCCAUGUAAAAUCACGACCGGCGAGUGGUGUAGAGACAGAUAUAUGAGCGAACGUGUGAGUGAGUGCGAGUGAGCCUUGGACUCUUGGUGGGAAAGGGAAAACAGAAGCAGCAGCAGCAACAGCGGUAUUAUAAGAAGGAGCCGCGCAAAAACGCACGCGGUUUUAGGUAGUAGUUGGUAAAAAUGGCGAAGGUAUUUCGCACGGUGACAGUAUCGACUUUGUCAAACAAUGGACAGUCGACGCUGAAAUACGACAAGCCGGUCACUCUUAACAUCAAUUACGACCCCCAGGGACUGAGCGUCGAAUUGAUACCAGAUGAACAAGGGAGCAGAGAAAAAAUCACACUGCUAGAAUUCCCAGUAACACAUAGCACAGAAUGUUCGAGAGUAGCUUCGCUAGGAUACGUUUUCACGUUGGAUACGGAGAGCCUUUUGCUCACAUUUGCAAACGAAACAGAUAUUCGCAACUUUCACUCGAACAUAUUAAAGUUGAAAAAUGGAAAAGGGGUUUCGGCAUUCAACGAGAGAACAGAGGAGUCUUCAGCGAUGCAGUAUUUCCAAUUUUACGGCUACCUUUCCCAGCAGCAAAACAUGAUGCAGGACUACAUAAGGACAAGCACAUACCAGCGGGCGAUUCUGGGCAAUAUAUCAGACUUCAAGGACAAGGUUGUUCUGGACGUUGGCGCCGGCUCCGGGAUCCUUUCAUUCUUUGCUGUUCAAGCUGGAGCAAAAAAAGUUUACGCAGUAGAGGCCAGCAACAUGGCCAACCACGCCGAACUUCUCGUUGCCGCGAAUAAUCUGUCGGAUAGAAUAAUUGUAAUUGCUGGUAAAAUUGAAGAAAUCGAUUUACCUGAACACGUUGACUGCGUGGUCAGCGAACCAAUGGGAUACAUGCUGUACAACGAAAGAAUGCUCGAGACUUAUCUUCACGCAAAGAAGUGGCUCGCCCCAGGCGGUCGUAUGUUUCCAUCUCGAGGGGAUCUCCACGUUGCCCCGUUCUCCGACGAAAAUCUGUACAUGGAGCAAUUUAACAAGGCGAAUUUUUGGUACCAGACAUGCUUUCACGGCGUUGAUUUGUCCGCGAUGAGAAACAACGCCAUCAAAGAGUACUUCAGACAGCCGAUAGUCGAUACGUUUGAUAUACGCAUAUGUAUGGCAAAAUCCGUCAGACAUGUUGUAGAUUUUCAGACAGCACAUGAGACUGAUUUACAUAAAAUAGAAAUAGACGUCGAUUUUCACAUACUAGAAAGCGGCACUUGUCAUGGAUUGGCGUUUUGGUUUGACGUAGCAUUUAUUGGUUGUACUCAACAAGUCUGGCUAAGCACAGCACCUACGGAGCCGCUGACUCACUGGUAUCAGGUUCGGUGCCUUUUAGAAAAUCCCCUAUUUUGCAAGAGCGGUCAACUUUUAUCUGGCAAAGUUAUACUGAUCGCAAACAAAAGACAAUCUUACGAUGUUACGAUAGAACUGAAAUUGGAAGGAACCAACAUGGAAACUAGCAGCAAUACUUUAGACUUGAAGAACCCGUACUUUAGGUAUACGGGAGCAGCUGCUCAGCCACCACCGGGUUUGAACAACACUUCGCCGAGCGAGGCUUACUGGACAAAUCUUGAUGCUCAAGGGGCGCGACAGGCCGUUAACAUGGUCAAUGGAAUGUCUGUUAACGGUCUUGGCGAGGUAUCGAUGGAUACAAACUCGGCGGUGAAUCAGAAUAACUUGUUAGCGAUAGGAGGUCAGCCUAACAUACAUCCUGGAUCAAUAUCGAGUACAGGUCGUGGAAGAGUAGGCGGAACGGCAACCAGCACGCAGGCAGCACAGCUUAUAGGUGGUGGAAUUACACCAAACAUGUUUACGUCGCCGGCCACACUUGGUGUUACUUUCCAGCAAUCGCUGGUCCUCGGCAACACGUCUCACUACCCAGUCAACCCAAGUCUGAUGAUUGGGGACUACGUUACACCUGGUAACGGAAUGUCGCCACAACCAUACCGACAAUGAUCUAUAGCGAAGCCUCCACGAUCCACCUUUUGCCGUAAAGUUAAACACCUGUAUAGCUAUAAUAACAGUCAGAGAAACGGAUGCGGAAGUGGUAACGGGAACGGGACAAAGAACGGCGCCACCGCCAACUCCCAGAAGCAGAGUCGCCGGCUCGUCUUCAGUUCGCCGACCAGCAAGCCACGUCUAUCUUCCGCCUUAAGGAUCGUGAGGGCUUUCAAUUUGUCUGCUCAAAAUUCGGACGUCGCGUGCCUCAACGGAGGAAAUCACGGGAUGCCCGUCGACAAGGAUUUCGAUUUCGAGAUAGGACUGGGCUUGGGAUUAGCCAGGAACAGAUCACUGAUCGAAGCACGCUGGAGAAGAUUGCGAGCCAUAUUUUCGUAGCUAAGGUUUUUACGUUUUAAUAUAGCCUGUCGUUAUCCCAAUGGCGAUAAGAUUCCCGGAACCGUUAAUACGGACGGACGACUUGAUAUCCAUAACUACCUACUUAACAAUUAUCGUGUCCAACGAAAUAGAUGAAACGUAAAUUGGGCAGGAAUGAUAACCUCCGACCUUUCUCUCCUUGCGAUUUAAGAGAGAGAGGGACAUCAAUGCGCUCGCUUGCCAAACUACCGAGGAGAUAACGAUAUUUUUUAAUGACUGUAUGAUACACGCAAACAGUAUGUUCAUGCAUUUCUACGUGUUACGCAUUAGUAUUGUACAUAGGGUAAAGCGGCCGAUGAAAAAUCAGCCCCUUUUACAACGCGUUCACAAUACGACACUUACUACCUACUAGAUGUUCUACUUACCUCAUGAUCUGACAUUAAUCGAUAUACAAAUAAUAUCGAAUUAUUCAAGAUUUUUCAACUCGCUGUAAACCAAUUUGUUUUUGUCUCUCUCUCUUUUACCGUCGUAUGUUUUUAAGUAAAAUCCUGUAAAUCAAGUUUGAACUGCCACAAAAUGUGCGUACAGCAAUAACUGAUUAAACGUUGUCGUCAUCGUCGUUGUUGGUGUUUGUCGUAGUUUGAAUAGUUUUUUUUUUUUCGUUUUUAAGUUCUCGUCUUUGUCUUCGAACAUUAAAAAUAAGGUGAAAUAAAAAUAGGCAAUUUAAAGGUAAAAAUAUCAAAUCGUCGUUACAAUUUGAUCGAAUGCACGUUUAGUACAAUAACAAUGAUAUUAGUGCGAGAAAGUAUCUAUAUUUUUCAGAAUAAAAACGAGACCGUUUCUUUGCAGAUCAUUAGAGAAAAUAGAAUGAUACGUCGUUUCAAUAUGCCUGUUAUUUAUUCACUGGUCAUCAUCACUUUAGUAUUGAAGGGUCAACAAACUGACGUUGUCUGUUUGAAAUGUAAUUUCUCUCUAGUUUUAAUUUAAAUUCUUCACCUGCGCUUAACCGAAUUUUAUAUAAUUUACUUAGUUCAGUAAUCAUUUAAAAAUCAAACUUCCAGUUGAAACAUCCGUCAAAUUCAAGAGUGAAAGUUUCAAGCACGAGUGUACUUAGUUUUCAAUUUUCCGCCCGUUCUUUUCUUUCUCCUCUCUUUUAGAUAUCGAUAUUUCAAUUCUCGCAUUACGUUUCGAGACCCUUGUAAUCAAUCUUUAUAGAUAAAUUUACAUAAUUUUAGAAUUUAAGGUAAUUGUAAACAAUAAUACACAUAAUGAAACGUCGGAGUAAAGAUUGAAAGAGGAACGAAGCAAAGACAAGCAAAACAUUUUUAUUUUAAAUCACGCUUCAGUCAGUAUUGCGAAUGUUAAAUAAGCGAGCGUUGAUCACUUUUUCAUGGUUUAUGUAUGAUAAUACGAUACUAGCUAUUAUAUCUCUUCGUAGUACGUAAAAUCUUAAUAAUUAUCAGAGAGAAAGAAGAAUCGGCGCCCAGUGGUUUAAAUAAUAUAGUUGAAUGUGUUGACUGUAAUUUUAAGCACUAAAGUAAUCUAAAUAACUCUAAUUGUAUUCUGAAGAUUAAUUAUUAAUAUUAACGGAAUCAUCGCAUUUAGAGAAUAAUUGCCCUAUUCUAUAAGGUGUAGAACGCUAAACUCUGCGAUUAUGCAUAUAUAUAUAUAUAUAUGUGUGUAUAUAUAUAUAUAUAUAUGUAUAUAUUCUACGCUCUACAGUAUGAAUUAUUAUAUACACUAGCGGUCAUAAACGCCCAUUACAUUAAUGCGGUUAUUAUUAUUAUUAUUAUUACUACUAUUAUUAUUCUUUUCAUAUUCUUCCUCCCGAUACAAAUGCAUAAUAUUAUCAUGCAUGAUGUAAAAGAAAGAAUCCUAAUUCAGUUUCUAUUUCUGUACACAUGCGUCAUAUGCAACAUCUUUCUCAAUAUUUCUUUUAUUCGUUUAGUCCUCUUUUUAUACUGGAAUGUAGGUACUGCAUAUACAUGGGUAGUCAGAGUCGAUCUCAACACAUAAAACACAGCUGCCGUUGUGGCGUCAAAAGUGAGGAAAUUCCGUCUUUCAUCUGUUUCGAAAUUGAUUUUAAACUCGGUGACUGUCAAUCAAGCUCUAAAGAUCUUUAAAAGUUUCGAACGAUGUUGUUUCUUGAAUAUAGUGUGGCAUUUGAAAAUAAAACUGUUCUUCGAAACAUCUUCUCGGACUUAGGACUUGGAAACGCACCACUCGCUGAGCUGUUGUAGUUUUGUGUUCUGGAAGUUUCAUCUGCUAGCUUUGUUGUUGCCAUUACUCAUAGGCUUAGUCCACCUCGCCACUUUAGCCCACUAUAUCUAUUGUUUCACGUUUUUGUUUGACAAUAUUGAGACAUUCGUUACUUUUCCGUUAUUGGCAGAGUCAGAAAUCACCGAUUUCGUGGAUUUUUGAACAGCAACUCGUCGUGAUUCGGAGAGAAAGCCUUUCUCGAUUUGAUACCACGACGCCAUGUUUCUGUGCACGUAUACGCGUGAGAUCGUUUUCGGUAUCGCCUUAAGAUAACUAAUAUUGUAAUAGAUAAUUAGUUCAUGUGUGAGUCUUAAUUUUAGGUUUUUAUACAAACGAUUAUUAUUAUAUUUUUACCUCGCUGGUUUA